GGUUCAAGACUUCAGAAUAUAGAGUAUUUAAGCUAUUCUAUAUCCUAUUUAUAGGAGAUCUUAAAAGAAAUAUACAAAAUUCUAAGGUUUUCCAAAAGGGUUUCUGGACAACCCAUCAACGCAAAUAUGCCUUUUCGAUUUUUUCGAUCUUAUAAUCCCAUUUAGCAGAGAAAAUCGACCAUAUUCUGAAGUCUUGAACCCGUUCUGAUGUUUAUUGAGUGAAUGGUGAAUUGUUUAAUAGGUGAAAAAUAGCCUGAAAACUCAAAUUGCGCGAAACUCGCUUUUCGGUAGUCUUUUAGAACUUUUUCUAAAAACAAAUAUUGCCAAAAGACUCCGCAUGAUCGAUUACCUAUAGUCCAUCCGUUUUCAAGACUACCAAUAGUCACCGAGUGCCAGUCCUGGAACUCGCAAGAAAUCCGAUAUAACACCCGAGCCGCGGAAAAUCAAAGUCUCACUUGACUCUCAUUUUGAAGAGGAUACCUUGGACUAUCAUAGCAUGGAAGAAAAUCAAUACAAUCCCAUUGAAAAGUUUUACACACGGCCUGGUUUUCCAAAGAUCAUGUUUCUCUUUAGUUUUUAGUAAAAGCCGUUUUUCUCAGCAAGGAAAACGAAUUUUGAAAAAAACUCCACAUACUUUUAAAGCUGACGUGUUAACCGAUCUGAUCGCCAAAAAUAAAUUCCACUGAAAUUUUGCAUUUUUUUCCACCUUAUGUUUCUCGCAACUAUGUUUUUUAGCUUUGAUCGAAAAACAUUUGUUUCUUACUAGGCCCAUUUUUCUGUUAAAUUUUCACUCAAGUUUCACAAGUUUUUCUGGCUAAUUACGAGAGCUGGAAUAAAAAUAUUUAUGCGGUUAGACAGCCCAUAUUUCAGAAUAUAUCAAACGGUCGUCAACUCUUGAAAAGUCGCACUUUCAAAAUUCCACCUGAUGUCCACGUGGUUGCACACUGUGCGUUUACCGUUUUACAAGGCUAGAAGUAAAUGAAAGCAUAGGAUUUUGGUGGGCGUACAUUUAUGACACAUAUCUGCCUAUCGAUACAGGAAAAGGUUAACGAAACUGUUUGAGAAGGGAUACGUUAUUUGAUAGAAACUUAUUACUUAGCUUUGGAAAAUUCAAAGCAUACGUGAUUGACUGUUUUCAGAUUUUAUCCUUUAACAUAACGAAAUGGGUAGCUUAUAGACUCGACUUAUUUUAUUACUAUUCUUAUAGUCAAAGUAGGGAAGAUAACUUAAUUUUAUUUUUAUCACUCAUCUCUAAUCGCCGUUUGAUCAGCAAAUUACCUUGUACCCAUUUUAUUUAGGAUCCAUAUUUUCGAAUGGCACGUGGUGUAGUACAAAGAUUAAAUUUUCCAAAACCUUCACUUAUACAUUCAACGUUUCUUCCAGCAUUACAAGGUGCCCAAUCUAAAAUGGGUGCAUCAGAUGUAAAUUCAGCAAUAUAUUUAACCGAUACACCAAACGAAAUUGAAGAUAAGAAUACUGUAUUGAAAUUUUAUUAUUUAGGUCAUUAA